GGCGGCGGGCGCCCGGGAGCGCUGCGGAGCAGGUGGAGGGCGGCGACCCGUGGGGCGGUCGCGGCUCAGCCUCCGGGUCGCGAGCCCCAGCGCCACCUUUCCGCUCCCUGUCCGCCCCCAUGCCUGCCACACUUGCCCCUGCCAGCGCCCCCGCCUGACCAGCCUCCCAUCCCGGACGGGCUGGGACUCCGGGGCUGAGCUGUCGGCGGCCGCUGUGCCGAUGCAGUGCCGGCUGCUCCGGGGCCUGGCCGGAGCCCUCCUCACCCUCCUGUGCAUGGGGCUCCUGUCCCUACGGUACCACUCACGCCCGUCCCCCCAGGGAGUGCAGGAGCCCCCCGGGCCGAGCCAGCCCAGCCCCGCGCCCCGCGAGCUGCGCCUGCACGACGUCUUCAUCGCGGUCAAGACCACCCGGGCCUUCCACCACUCGCGCCUGGACCUGCUGCUCGACACGUGGGUCUCCAGGAUCAGGCAACAGACAUUCAUCUUCACUGACAGCCCGGACGAAGGCCUCCAGGAGAGACUGGGGCCCCACCUUGUGGUCACCAACUGCUCCGCCGAGCACAGCCACCCUGCGCUGUCCUGCAAGAUGGCCGCGGAGUUCGACGCCUUCUUGGCCAGCGGGCUGAGCUGGUUCUGUCACGUGGAUGAUGACAACUACGUGAACCCCUGGGCGCUGCUGCGGCUGCUGAGAGCCUUCCCCACGACCCUGGACGUCUACGUGGGCAGGCCCAGCCUGAACCGGCCCAUCCGCGCCUCGGAGCCCCAAGCGCCCAAUCGCACGAGGCUGGUGCAGUUCUGGUUCGCCACAGGGGGGGCCGGCUUCUGCAUCAACCGCAAGCUGGCUUUGAGGAUGGCACCGUGGGCGAGCGGCUCCCGCUUCAUGGACACCUCUGCUCUCAUCCGGCUGCCGGACGACUGCACCGUGGGCUACAUCGUGGAGUGCAAGCUGGGGGGCCACCUGCAGCCCAGCCCCCUCUUCCACUCGCACCUGGAGACGCUGCAGCUGCUGGGGGCUGCCCAGCUCCCGGAGCAGGUCACCCUCAGCUAUGGUGUCUUUGAGGGGAAACUCAAUGUCAUUAAGCUACCUGGCCCGUUCUCCCCUGAAGAGGACCCGUCCAGGUUCCGCUCCCUCCACUGUCUCCUCUACCCAGACACGCCCUGGUGUCCACAGCUGGUCGUCCAGUGAUCCUGAGCUGCUGGGCAGAGGCCUGCUGAGACUUGGCUGCUCCUUGUCCCCUCGGGAGCCCUGAGGGGCCCUGGCGAGUGCCCUGUGGGAGGGCAGCCCCUGACGGGGCCUCAGGUGACACCAGGGGCAGGCCCCGGGUGGAGCUGCCGCUGGAGCUGCCCCAGGCCCCGGACAGCCUGGGGAGCAGGAGGACCUGGCGAAGGCCGUGAGGCUCUAGGGGCUGGACCCCGCUGCCUGGGGAGCCAGCCGAGCGAGGCAGGGGCACCUGAGCAGGGUUGGGCUUGGGGUCCAACCCUUCAGAGUGACCGGCCCCCAGGUGGGGUCUGGCUCCUGCCCUGGCUGCCUCCGUCAUUCCCCUGGGGCUGGAUAACUGGACCGCGCGCUCCCAAAGCCCUAGGCAGGAUCCCACAUCACUGAGGGGACCUGGAAGAAGUCAUGGCCAAACCCAGACUCUGUGACCCGUGCUGCUGCUGUGGACAUCUCGGGAGCUCCUGGCUCCUGCCCCUUGCUAAUGGCUCAGGUUUUGUUCGAAACCUCAGCGUGCUCAGGUGGUGGAUCCUAAUGGCCCCAGCCAAUCCCGACGACCCUCUUGCUCACUUUCCCAGUCUCCCUUGCUGCAAGACGUUACCAUGUGACCUGACUUUGGCCAGCGGAAGCUAAGCAAAGCCAAUAGAGAGGUUUCUGGGGGAGAUUUUCCGGCCCUGUACUUCGUCUUCCUGUUGUGAAUGUGGGUAUGAUGACUGGAUCUGAGGAAGCCACUUUGUCACCAUGAGGGAAAGUCGAAGACGAUCACCCACAACCAUUCUCUCUAGCACUUCUUCUGUACAGAAUUAAACCCUAUUUAAGUCUC